UCCUUCUUCUCUGAUAUGAUGAACAGUGUAGACGGAAAUGAUCUUUAAUCCCACAGCCCCCCCCCCCUUUAAUAAUCAGAUGUCACAGCCCCCGUUUAUCCAUCAGGCUCAACAGUUGGCUUCAAAUUUGCAGUUUUUUCUGAAACAGGAAGGUGAAUGGGACCUCAAAGAUGUUUGGAUGAUUUGUACAUGACUGUGUGUUAAAGUGUAAAUGUAAAGGUUCUCCAGUGCUUGUGAUCAGUUCAAAAUUCUGGCUGUUCAACGGAAUGCAUCUGCUGCUGAUCAUUUCAUUCUGCCUCAGUCUCUGUUCUUCUGUGCUGAGUGCAGCAGUAUCACAUCCAUGUAGUUCUGUAUACAGAGGUUUUGCUGAGUGUCUGGUCAUUUUGGGUGACAGUGUGAGCUCCAAGACUGAUAACCCACAGGACAUCAACUCCAUUUGCAAGUCAUGGGAUGCUUUCCAGGUGUGUGUGAGUGGUGUCUUGUUGGGCUGCCGAGGUGAUGCAGCAGAAAUUUGGGAAUCUUUGAGAGCGGAGUCCCGGAAAACAGCGUUUGCUGGUAACCUCUACGACAUGUGUGCCAGUCGUACUGAAGCUGCAACUGCAACCACACCUCUGGUUCCCAACACUGGCCAAACCAACCAGGAAACACUCAAAGGACUUGCUCAUUCUGCCAGCCACUCAGUCAGUAAAGAGCUGCUCCUGAUAUGCUUCUCUCUUCUCCUGCUGCUUUGGAUGUAACCUAUCCGUUUAACAUAGCUGGACUGAUGCCAGUGACACUGCUACAGGACAUAUCUGCAUACACUCUUUAUCUUGGUAAAUUUUAAUUUUAUGUGUAAUUUAAUGUGUAAGCUCUUUGGUAAGAUACUCAAGGCAUAUAUGCAUUUGUUUAAAAAUUAUGACAAAAUGUUUUCUAUAAAACUCAGUGAUGUUCUGU